GCGGCCGCGCCGAUCGCACCCAGCCCACCCCGCCCCGGCCGACGGCUGCGGCUGACCUGGAUCCUCGGAGCGCCCGCCGGCCGGCAGCGAUCGGCCUUCGUCUUCCGGGCUGGUUUCUGGAGAGCGGGGAGCGCUCUCCUCGCGGCCCCUCUCGCCGGACCCCCGGACCCCGAUGGCUCGGAUGGGGCUUGCGGGCGCCGCUGGACGCUGGUGGGGACUCGCUCUCGGCUUGACCGCAUUCUUCCUCCCAGGCCCCCACGCCCAGGUGGUCCAGGUGAACGACUCCAUGUACGGUUUCAUCGGUACGGAUGUGGUGCUGCACUGCAGCUUUGCCAACCCGCUGCCCGGCGUGAAGAUCACCCAGGUCACGUGGCAGAAGGCCACCAAUGGCUCCAAGCAGAAUGUGGCCAUCUACAACCCAGCCAUGGGCGUCUCCGUGCUGGUCCCCUACCGCGAGCGCGUGGAAUUUCUGCGGCCCUCCUUCACCGACGGCACCAUCCGCCUCUCCCGCCUGGAGCUGGACGACGAGGGAGUCUACAUCUGCGAGUUCGCCACCUUCCCCGCCGGCAAUCGAGAAAGCCAGCUCAACCUCACCGUGAUGGCCAAACCCACCAACUGGGUAGAGGGUACCCAGGCAGUGCUUCGAGCCAAGAAGGGGCAGGACAAUAAGGUCCUGGUGGCCACCUGCACCUCGGCCAAUGGGAAGCCUCCCAGCGUGGUGUCCUGGGAAACACGCCUGAAGGGCGAAGCGGAGUACCAGGAGAUCCGGAACCCCAACGGCACGGUGACUGUCAUCAGCCGCUACCGCCUGGUGCCCAGCCGGGAAGCCCACCAGCAGUCCCUGGCCUGCAUUGUCAACUACCACAUGGACCGCUUCCGGGAGAGCCUCACCCUCAACGUGCAGUAUGAGCCUGAGGUGACCAUCGAGGGGUUUGAUGGGAACUGGUACCUACAGCGAAUGGACGUGAAGCUCACGUGCAGAGCCGAUGCUAACCCCCCAGCCACCGAGUACCACUGGACCACGCUGAAUGGCUCUCUCCCCAAGGGCGUGGAGGCCCAGAACAGAACCCUCUUCUUCAGGGGGCCCAUCAACUAUAGCCUGGCAGGGACCUACGUGUGUGAGGCCACCAACCCCAUUGGCACGCGCUCGGGCCAGGUGGAGGUCAACAUCACAGAAUUCCCCUACACCCCGUCUCCUCCCGAACAUGGGCGGCGCGCAGGGCCAGUGCCCACGGCCAUCAUUGGGGGCGUGGCGGGGAGCAUCCUGCUGGUGGUGAUCGUGGUCGGAGGGAUCGUGGUGGCCCUGCGCCGGCGCCGGCACACCUUCAAGGGCGACUACAGCACCAAGAAGCAUGUGUACGGCAAUGGCUACAGCAAGGCGGGCAUCCCCCAGCACCACCCGCCCAUGGCCCAGAACCUGCAGUACCCGGACGACUCGGAUGAUGAGAAGAAGCCCGGGCCCCUGGGCGGGAGCAGCUAUGAGGAAGAGGAGGAGGAGGAGGGCGGCGGGGGGGGCGAGCGCAAGGUGGGCGGCCCCCACCCCAAAUACGACGAGGACGCCAAGCGGCCCUACUUCACCGUGGAUGAGGCGGAGGCCCGUCAGGACGGCUACGAGGACCGGACUCUGGGCUACCAGUAUGACCCCGAGCAGCUGGACUUGGCCGAGAACAUGGUUUCUCAGAACGACGGGUCUUUCAUUUCCAAGAAGGAGUGGUACGUGUAGCUGCCUCCCUCCAGAGCCUCUGUCUGCGCCCCUUUCUCCCCAGCCCCCACCCGCACGCCCCCUGCCCAUCCCCGCGCCCGCUCCUGCAGGAGCUCCACAGAGACUCACCCAGCUUCCCAAAGCCAGCCCCACACUCCUGGGGAGCGGGGAGCCCAGGACAGAUGCGACCUGGCUUGGUUUUGAUUUCCUCCCCGUCACUGGCCCUCCCC